AUGAUCCGAUUCAUCCUCAUUCAAAAUCGAGCGGGUAAAACGCGACUUGCCAAAUGGUAUAUGCAUUUUGAUGACGACGAGAAACAGAAACUAAUCGAAGAAGUGCACGCUUGUGUUACCGUCAGAGAUGCGAAACACACAAACUUUGUGGAGUUUCGAAACUUCAAAAUCGUUUAUCGGCGAUAUGCAGGAUUAUAUUUCUGCAUAUGUGUGGACAUUAUGGACAACAACUUAUACUAUCUUGAGGCAAUUCAUAACUUUGUGGAGGUAUUGAAUGAGUAUUUUCAUAAUGUCUGCGAAUUGGAUCUUGUGUUCAAUUUUUAUAAGGUGUAUCCGUGUGGGAAUGUUUUUGGCUGA